CGGAGACGAAGACGACAGCGGUCGCCCACACAUAUAACAAAUAAAUAAUAAAACCCUUGAUGAAUUCUUAACUGAGCAUCGGCAUGGCUGCAUUGACUGGACAAGCCUAUGGCAUUGGUAUAUAUAUUAUAUUCGUUGUAAUUCUGGGCAACAGUAUUGGGUCCACACUGGCAGAUGAAAAUAUCUCCGACUAUAUAAGAAAAUGUUGCAUCAGCGGCAUUAGACACGCGGUCAAGUCAACCACCACAUGCGAGAAUUCCGAAGAGGUGUCCAUCACUCCGACUUUGUGGCUGGGCCUGUGCCAUUCUGCCUUCGGUGUCUGUUGUUCUCGGGAGAUUGACAAACAAAAUUGUGAGUUGGGCCGCUUGGCCGCCUUGGAGGGCGCACGUUGUGAUAAGAUAUCUAAUUCGACCUCGUAUGCGGACUGCUGUCGGGCUUGUCAGGUUGGACUGGCAGUCAAGGCCAGCAAGCAAAGCUGUAAAGACUCGCUCUUCUCAUAUUUCUCGGCCAUCAAGUCCUACCAAUUAUGUUGUAACGAUAAAAGUUUCGACGGCUCCGAAGAGAUCGAUUAUGGUAAGUCGAAGGGAGAACUCAGCAUUGUGGCUGAUGAUGAUGAUGGUGACGAUUUUGUCGAUCAAAUAAAACACGACGAGGAAGACGAGGAAGAAGGCACUAUAGUUGAAGAUGGCGAUGUUUGUCGUCAGAUACCAAACCUUUGCGCCCACAUAUGUGUGAAUACGGAUGAAUCCUAUCGCUGUGAGUGCCGCCCUGGCUACGCAUUGGAUGAAAAUUUGGUAACGUGCUCGCACACCGGAGAAGGCGAAAUAGAUAAAGUAGGCACAGGUGUUGAAGACAAUGUUGCUUCCAACGAGGAUGACGAGGAGGAUGAAAGCGUUGCUGUUGGCGCUGACAAAGGAGAUAUAGACGAUAAAGACAUUUGUCCCAAAGGCUACAAAAUGGACGCAUUGAGAAAGAAAUGUGUCGAUAUUGAUGAGUGCAGUGACAAUCUCCACGAAUGCAAGGUCACACAGUAUUGUCAUAACAGCAAUGGUGGGUAUCAUUGCCUCAACAUAAAGGCCAAGAGCUGCGAGAAAGGCUAUCGCUAUGAGCCCACGACUGAUAGAUGCGACGAUUAUAACGAAUGCGAUGAUAAGCCGUGCAAGGGCGACGAUGAGUGCCUGAACUAUCCUGGCGGCUUUGAAUGCAAGAAACCCACGGAGAAGCAGUGCGACGAAGGAUUUGAGAUAAAAGGCGAAAGCUGUGUCGACAUUAAUGAAUGCCUCAAAAAAGAUGUUUGCGGAGAGAAGGAAGUGUGCACUAAUUCUUUGGGGUCUUUCAAAUGCGAAUGCGAAGUCGGUUAUAACAGGGACGCGACAUCUAAUAAAUGUGUCGACAUCAAUGAAUGCUCCAUAAACAAUCACAGUUGUCUGUCAACCCAAAGAUGCGACAACACUCAAGGCUCAUAUGUUUGUACGCGUCUUCAGAGCUGCGGAACAGGCUAUACGUUGAGUUUUGAAACGGGAAAUUGCAUGGAUGACGAUGAAUGUGCGCUUAACACCCACAAUUGUCCCUCGGACUAUGAGUGUUAUAACACAAAGGGCUCAUUUCGUUGCUAUAAAAAGACAACAACAUCAACAACGACCACUACAACGACAACUACAACAACAACGCCACCACCAACAUCUGAAAGUUCCCAUCACUACAGCUAUGCAUCCCGUCAGGGCAUCAAUCGCUUAGACUACUCUCCCACCUAUAUUAAUGGGGAUCCCAACGCCCACUCACGACUGCCCUGCACCACUGGCUUCUACAGGAAUAAUCUGGGGGCAUGCGUGGAUAUAAACGAAUGCAUUGUCAAUAGACCGUGUGGCUCCCACCAGCGCUGCAUUAACACAAAUGGCUCGUACCGCUGUGAGAAUCUGCUGCAAUGCCAAGCUGGUUACAAGUCGACGCCGGAGGGUACCUCCUGUAUUGACAUUGAUGAAUGCGAGACUGGGGAGCAUAACUGCGGCGAGAAUCAGAUAUGUCGCAAUCGGAAUGGUGGCUACGUCUGCGCCUGCCCCACCGGACAUCAGUUGACACAUUUGGCAAAUGGUGUCAACCGGUGCCUUGAUAUAAACGAGUGCGCCCAGGAUCGAAAUAAGCCAGCAGUGUGUCCUUCAAACGCGAACUGCUUCAAUACAAUAGGAUCGUACUACUGCGAGUGCAAAUCAGGUUUCCAGAAGAAGGGCAGCGGAUCCAGCGACUCAUUGAGUCAGGCGGCACAUGCGCAGUGCUACGAUGUAGACGAGUGUCAGGUUAUAUCGGGACUUUGUCAACAAAAGUGUGUGAACUUUUGGGGCGGGUAUCGGUGCACCUGUAAUCCUGGGUAUGAGCUCGGCCAUGACAAUCGCACCUGCAAUGACAUUGAUGAGUGCGAAGUCCAUAAGGAUUACAAGCUGUGCCAGGGCUACUGUUCGAACACUCCCGGCUCCUAUGAAUGCACCUGUCCGCGCGGCUAUACCCUCGCUGCCGAUAGGAACACCUGUCGAGAUAUUAAUGAGUGCGAGACGAACAAUGUCUGCACCGGUCGCUCCGAUAUUUGCACAAAUAUUCGUGGUAGCUAUAAGUGUUAUACGAUCAACUGUCCCUAUGGGUACAUCAACGAUGCCGAUCAAAAGAAUCGUUGCCGACAAAAGAAUAUAGUUUGCAUGGGAGAAGAAUGCUAUACGAAGCCCUCAGCAUACACCUACAAUUUCAUCACAUUUGUGUCCAAGUUGAUGAUCCCACCCGAUGGUCGCACAAUCUUUACUUUACGUGGACCUAUGUGGUAUGAUGACAUUGAUUUCGACCUUAACAUUGUCAGAGUUCAGGCAGCGGCCAACAUAGAGCGUGCGUCCGAGUCCCACUUUGACACUCAUAAGGCCAACAAUCAAAUGAACUUGUUACUUAAACGGACACUAGAAGGACCGCAGGAUGUGGAACUUGAAGUCAGUAUGACUGUAUUUUCCAAUGGUAUGCCCCGUGGUAAGAGUGUUGCGAAAUUGUUUCUCUAUGUGUCCCAAUAUGGUUUUUAAUGGGGUCCAACAGUCCUCCCCAAAAAAAAAAAUUCAAAAGCCCAGGGGUCUUGAAUAAUCUUGCAAUUUUUUUGUCAUUCACAUAAGAAUAAUAAUUAUUAUUGUUUUAAAUUCCAAUAAAAAACUCUUAAUAUUAUGUUAAUUUUAAUGUUAUGCAAUA